AUGUCGCUCCUCGGGUCGGCCUCCUACCAGCGAUCGCCGCCGCUGCCCGCCGCCGUCGCCGCCAGCCGGCACGGUGGGCUGGCAGCAGCCCUGCAGAAGCGUCUUGGCAGCCGUGCAGCCGUGCAGCACCGCCCCAGCAGCACGAGCAGGGCGCAGCUGCUCCCUGCCGCUGUAGCGGCGGGAGCGCAGGCUGCGCAGCAGCAGCAGCAGCAGCAGCCGCCCAGGCACAGCCGCCUAAAGGAUCCCGCCAAGCUGUCAGCCUCCAUGCAAGCGUCCGUCCCUGUUCCGGACCGCGGCGGCGCCAUCUCGCUGGACAAGUACAUGCGCCUGCCGCCGGAGCAGUACAACGAGCUGGACCCGGCGAUGAUCAAGGCGCUGGGAGGCAGCUCGUUCCUGCUCAAAGUGCCCAGGAUGACGUUGUUCAACGUGUGGGUGGAGCCAGAGGUGGUUGUGUCUGUGCGGGUGGCUGACGGCUCGCCGGGGGUCAUCUUUGAGGCCGGCGAGUGCACGCUGCGUGGCAGCGACCUGCUGAACCAGCUGGGCUUGGACCGCCGCUUUGUGCUCUACUUCCACACCAUGCUGACAUGGCAGCCGGGGAGCAAGGCGGCAUCCAUGCCUGGCGCAGCACCAAGCAGCAGCAGCGCUCUCAGCAAUGGCAGCGGCAUGGGCGCCAUCCACGCCAAGGCUGACGUGCAAGUGUGGACCGAGGGCACCGGCAACACGGUGGUGGGCGCGCUGCUGCAGGCGCUGCUGCCCAUCUUCAUGAACCUCCUGGCCGAAGACUACAAGCGGUGGUCCACAGAUGCGGCAUACAGGGCGCGCCGCGCGGCCGCGCCCCGGCAGGCGGCGCCGUUGCCCUAG